CAUGCGAGAGAGAGAGAGAGAGCAAGAAAACUGCAGAAAAACGUCAAAUUUCUAAUAUCUUUGAAAUCUCGUAGUUUUCGUUCCAAUUUCUCGCGAGACAUGAACUCGAAAUUAGCGGCCUCGGGUCUGAGGCAGCUCGGUUCUCGCCUCUACUCCACCGCCACCGUCCGCGCAUUCGCCAACCAACCGGCGGAAGGGCUGCUUAUCGGGAAUGCCGGUUUUUUCGACCCCAGCGGAUCGGUGGUACCGUCAAUGACCGGCGUCGUGUGGGCCCGCACCUUGACUUCUGGUGCGGUGAAGGGAGAGGGGAAAUCGGUGACCGAUUCAACCGGUGGGCGUAAGGAGGAGAAGGAGAUUGUGAGCAAUUGGAAGGUGGCUCCUGCUAAGAUGGCAAAGGAGGACGGUGCGGAGUGGAAUUGGAGGAGCUUUAGGCCGUGGGAGACGUAUAAAGCGAACCUGUCGAUAGAUCUAAAGAAGCAUCAUGUUCCAGCUACAUUGUUGGAUAAGAUCGCGUAUUGGACGGUCAAGAUGCUCAGAUUUCCCACUGAUGUUUUCUUUCAGAGGAGAUAUGGAUGCCGGGCAAUGAUGCUGGAAACUGUAGCGGCCGUGCCGGGCAUGGUCGGAGGGAUGCUCUUACACUGCAAGUCUCUGAGGCGAUUCGAACACAGUGGCGGAUGGAUCAAAACACUCUUAGAAGAAGCUGAGAACGAGCGAAUGCACCUCAUGACCUUCAUGGAAGUAGCCCAGCCCAAGUGGUACGAGCGUGCACUCGUCUUCACCGUCCAAGGCAUCUUCUUCAAUGCUUAUUUCGUUGGUUAUCUCAUCUCACCGAAGAUGGCCCACCGUGUUGUGGGCUACUUGGAAGAGGAGGCGAUACAUUCCUACACUGAAUUCCUUAAGGAGCUGGACAAGGGUAACAUAAAGAACAUUCCAGCACCGGCUAUUGCGAUUGAUUACUGGCGUCUACCACCGGAUUCGACUCUCCGAGAUGUCGUCAUGGUCAUUAGAGCCGAUGAAGCACAUCACCGCGAUGUUAACCACUUCGCUUCGGAUAUCCACUACCAAGGACAUGAACUGAAAGAAUCUCCCGCUCCGCUUGGGUACCACUGAGUUUCGAUUAUCUCUCGUUAAAAGUCAUUUUAUAAAAUAAAAAUUGCUCCAGUAUAAUGUUCUUCUGUUAAUGCUUCUUAUAUUAUAAUUUGUAAAUGUGAAUGUAUCAAACCUUUAAGUUGGGAGUUCUCUUCUAAAUUUGGUUGGAGAGGAAUUGGAGGAUUUUUCGAAUUAGAUUCGACAAUAGAAAAUGCUCAUCUAAAUCUCUCA